AUGGAUGCCCAGAAGCAGACGGCGUCAGUCACUUCGGCGCCAGUGGAGGACAUUGCUGCUGGACAACAAGAGCCUAAAUAUGCCUCCUUCAGGACGAAACUCAUCAGCCACAUUUGGGACUCGGAUCAGCAUCUGAAGAGUCCACAGGUAUGGCGGAGCCAUCUUCCACACUGAGAGCCGGGCUGAAGCUACUGCAGGAACGUGCUCUGGUACGGAAGCUUGACUUUGGCAUCCUGAUAUGUGCAACGCUUGGCUGGGUAAAUCUUCACCACAACUUGAAUGUGCUUACCGGUCAAGCUUGCUAAUGAUCGAGGUAAUUCUAGUGGAUCAAAUGUGAGAUCACAGAUGCAUACCACAGGGCCACAGUUGUACGCCCCUAACAGAAGCCUUGCAGAUAUUGAUCAGAGCAAUUUGACCAACGCCUGUGAGUCGGGAAAGGAGACUCGCGGAAGACAGGUUUGGCAUACUAAUUCGCGCCAGAUGUUAGCGGGAUGAAAGAGGAUCUAUCAAUCGAGGGCAAUGAGUACACAUACAUGCAGAGCAAGUCCAGUUCCAUUUUAUUGCCGGGACCAUGCUGACGGGGUGGUGCAGUGUGCUACACCAUCUCCUUCGCCAUCAUGCAGAUCCCGUCGAAUAUGAUUGCGCUCAAGAUCCGGCCUCGAAUCUGCAUUGUAGUCUGCGAAAUUGGCUGGACCAUCUUCACGUGAGUACCACCCCCCGGGGAUCUCUCAGUUCCAAAAUCUCCAGCUGAUGUGGAAAUGGAUCAGCUUCGCACAAGCCGGCGCGACAGAUUCCAACCAGAUGUACGCCUUCCGGUUUAUGAUUGGACUGUUUGAAUCGGCAUUCUCGCCCAUCAUCAUCUUCCUUCUCGGAGCGUGGUAUACAAAGACGGAGUUGGCGAAGAGAGUGGCAAUCUGGCAUAUUACCGGUUUCUUCGGCUCGGCCACCAGUGGUAUGGUUUAUCCUACAAACGGGAGAGGACGACUGCUAACGCUUCCCUAGGCUUUCUACAAGCUGGAAUCUUUGCUUCGCUAGAUGGUCAUCUAGGCCUGGCGGGGUGGAGAUGGCUCUAUAUCAGUCAGUGCAAAUAGAACCCAUAUUAUUUGUCCGAAGGCUAAUCAGAUUACAGUCUGCGGAUGUAUGUCGUUACCAGUCGCCGUCUUGGUCUGGUUCCUCCUUCCGGAUUACCCUCAUGAUACCAAAGCAUGGUAUAUCACCGAAGACGACAGACGACUCGCCAUACAUCGAGCAGCGAAGCAGAACAAGACGGAAAUCACCGGAGUAAUGGACAUGAAACUCGUCAAGCGUAUGUUCGGCAGCUGGCGCUGGUGGGUUCUGUGUUUGAUGUACAUCUUCGUGAGUUGCCAAAAGCUCUUUCAUACAGCUUCGCUUGGCAGUGCGGUACUGAUGUAAACCUCACAGUACGGCAAUUCCUGUCAAGCCAAUACCUACUUCGCCAUCUACUUAAGUAAGUCCGAAAAUCAGAGAUACCUCGUCGCAAACAUUGCUAAAAAAAUGCCCAGAGAGCGCCGGCUACACCGUCUCCCAACGCAACGUGAUACCGGCCUGCGCCAACAUCGUCUCCAUGCUCAGCGACUUCGCCUGGGGAUUCGGAUCCGACAUGUCCGGCAACCGCGCGCUCUGGAUCAUGGGACCUCUCCUCCUCAAAACGCUUCCCGGAGCUUCCAUACUGACAGCCUGGCCCGGUGUGGACGCGGCACGAGUCGCGGCGUUCUUCCUCACUGCCUGCGGAUACGUCACGGCCGUGACCUGGACGUGGGCGAAUGAAGUCAACUCAGGGAAUGCGGAGGAGCGCGCACUGACGAUUUCGAGUAUGAAUGGAUUGUUCUAUGCGACGAGUAAGCUUGACGAUCUGUGCCCCUGUUGUUGCUAAUCUCGUGGAGGGACUGACGUUGCUACCCACAGACUCCUUUCUACCAAUUUUAAUAUUCCCGCAGACGACUGGGCCCAGGUUCCCGAGAGGUUUUCCGUCCAUUGCAGCCUUCACUGUUGCUGCUGUUGCGCUGACUCGUAAGAUUGCGGCUUCUCAAGAUGAUCAAUUCGUGACUGACAUUGACGACGUAGUGAUUGCCGAUCUCCUUCAUAAGCGACAACUGAGACGAGAAGCUGCGGGUUUGGCUGCGCGCGACCCAGACCUACAGGAUACCGCGGUGGAGAUGGACGAAAAGGUCGACAACAAGACCAGCAUCAAGCCAGUCUCGACGUCCGUCGUUUAA